CAAUUAGUAUAUUUUAAAUAUAGAGUGAAAAGUGUCGUUUUUUCAUCAACGUAAUUAUCGUAUUAAUAAUCGUAUAAAUAGUGUCUUACGCAUUAUAAAAUGGUGAGAAAUAAAGUCGAGGUCAAGAGAUGUAAAAGUCAAAAGAUGAAUUGAUAAGUCAUGAUAGAGUAUAAGAAAUGUCUUAUCCUCUUCCCAAGCAAAAUUACGAAGUGCCACAGUGUUCAGAGCAACAAAAAAAUGAAGUUGCUAGUCCUGUCUCUAGUCUUUAUGGUGAUAAUUUCUAUCGCCAAAACACAAACCAGAUAUGUAGCAAAAGCAGGUUCAUGUCCACCUGCCUUACCUGUACAAUUCUGCGGACGUUCCUGCUACGUUGACGCACAUUGCGCUGGAAUUGGCAAAUGUUGUCCGACCCGAUGUGGUGGUUCCAUUUGCUCCAUGCCUGUCACGAUGAAACAACAUAUCCAAACAGAAAAACCAGGAUCUUGCCCAUCGGUACCGACAGGAAGAUGGGUAUGUUCGUCGACUUGUAACAGCGACAACGAUUGUAGAGGAAGCCUGAAGUGCUGUAAAAACAGAUGUGGGGCUUUAGCUUGCCAAAAGCCAAUGGUCGAGACAUUCGAAUCUAUCGAAACUCCGGUUCAACCGAUUGUUUCGCGUUUUGGAAAUAAUUACGAUAAUUAUUAAAGAGAUUACUCUCUUUUUCUCGCUCGCUCUUUCUCUUUAAUUCACACAUCUUUAUCUCUACUAUAAUUAUGAUAUAAC